AAGGAAUGUUCUAUUUCAAGAAUGUCAAGCAAAGAAUUGCUGCACUCUCCUGCAGAAGGUGCAGCCUAUAGAAAUCCAUAUGCAUGGGAUCCAGCAUUUUUACCCGGCGCAUUUUUUAAGGAACAAAGCUAUAAUUUACAGAAAGAAGGAGGAUACUUUUUGUCUCGUGACAUCAUAAGAGUGCAGCCUCUUAAAACAUGCAAGGGCCCCAUCAGGAUUGGGCUGUCAAGAAAGGCUCGGCCAAAGAAGCUUCAUCCUUAUCUGAAAUGACUUCCUGGAUUCUUUUACCAACCUUCACAUCUGGGAUCACUCUGCUUGAGAACUGUUGAAAUGUUUUAACGUUAAUUUUUUGGUACUUUGAUCUUUGUGG